AUGGCAUCCCAACCUGCAGCGUCCAUGUUGGCACCCAACAUUGCGCCUCAAACAUGCAAUGUGAGCAACGCUUUGAACGUCAAAUACACGCCACCAGCCUACUCCUUCAAGUCAUCCAUGGGUUCACUUUCCCUUCAUAAGAAAGAUCGAAUUCGCCUAGUCAACUUCCCCAAGCACGAUAUCCCCGCAUUGAAAGCCACUAUCCUAAAUCAUUGGCCACGAAGCAUACAGAAAGAGUCCCAAAAGUCCAAGCUAUACGAGUUCAAGUUGAGGGGAUCUCCAUGGUCUGCCCACAACUCGGAUGUCCUUGGGAAGAUCUUGACUAGGGAGUUGCUCGCGCAACUGUACAAGCAAGGAUGGAUAUUGCAUAAGAGCACGAAUCUCAGCGCAAGUAGCACGGACUUGUGCACAUUGAUCUUUCUGAAACAAGAGACUUCACCAUCUGAAAGCAAAUGGAUCUCUAGCACAGAUCUCUUGGAAAAAGAGGGAUGGACUGAUAAAAAUCCGCAUGCUUGGGAGUUCAAGACCCGCGGAGUUUUAUGGUGCCCUCUGUCGUGGGAAUUCCGCACUGUACAGAUGCGCAUCAUAAGUCUGCUGGAUCUACUUGAGAAACAAGGAUGGGCCUCAUAUGCAUCAAUUGGUGAUACCGAAAUGGAUAGCUGGUAUUUGGUUCGAGUCAAAGGAUGGGUUCCAGGAACUGCUGUUAGUCAUUGA